AUGAAGCUCUCCGUGAUCAUCACCCAGCUGGCACUUGCCACUAGCCAUGCGACGGCACAAGUAAUGUCGACGCCUGAAAUCCCCCUGACCCAGGCCCGCUCCGCCUCACACCCUCACCGCCGCCAACAAACCAACAACUCUUCCGGCUCAUCGGGAUGGCCUUUCGCGCCCUUUUCCACCCGCGGCAGGGACAUUGUCGACUCCCGCGGCGAGGCCCUCACCCUCGCGGGCGUCAACUGGCCCAUGUCGGGUGAGACCAUGAUCCCUGAGGGCCUCGAGUUCCAGUCCGCCGAGGAGAUCCUGGACCGCAUCGCCAGCGUGGGCUUCAACGUGAUCCGCUUCGGCUACGCGACGCAGAUGGUGGACGAGAUCUACGAGCGCGACGGCGAGGACGUGCCGCUGCAGGUUGCGCUCGCCUCGCUGGGCCACGCCAACGGCUCGCGCAUCACGCACGAGAUCCUCAAGCACAACCCGGGCUGGACGACGCAGACGACGCGCUUCGAGCUCUGGGGCGACAUCCUCGACGCCGCCGCCGAGCGCGGCAUCUACGCCAUCCCGGACGUGCACGUCCACAAGGCCCAGUGGUGCUGCAGCCACAUUGACGGCAACGCCUGGUUCGGCGACGUGCACUUUGACGUCGAGAACUGGAAGCGCGGGCUGUCGUACGUCGCCGGCUGGGCCAAGGCCCACCCCAACGUCCUGGGCCUGUCGCUGCGCAACGAGCUCCGCGAGUCGUGGAACCGCACCGACCUCUACUACAACUGGCAGACGCUGGUCGGCAACAUGACAGCCGGCGCCGACGCCAUCCACGCCGCCAACCCGGACCUGCUCAUCACCUGGUCCGGCAUGCAGUACGACCAGGACCUGUCGGCCCUCACGGCCGGACGGAACCUGCUCUCGGCGCCCUGCUACCGCUGCACCGCCAUCAGGGACGCCGGCAGGAGGCAGCCGCAGGUGUUUGACCUCGACGCCCACCCCUGGAGCGACAAGCUCGUCUGGGAGCUGCACAUGUACCACAUGUCCGAGGACCAGGACACGGGCGACUGCGACGUCAUCGAGGCGAACCUGUACCGCAACGGGUUCAACGCGCUCGGCAUAGAUGCACCCGCGGCGUGUGCGAAUGAGACGAUUGGACUGGACUGCGAGAAGGCGGUGAGGUUGACGCCUGUCAUCUUUUCCGAGUUUGGCUACGAGCAAAACGUGACGACUCUCCCCAACGACGUGCUGCAAAAGUGCCUCCGCGGCUUCAACACGAAGCACAAGGUCAGCUGGAUGACGUGGAGCAUCGCGGGCAGCUACAGGAGCCGGCAGGGGCGUCAGGGGUUCGAGGACACGUGGGGCCUGACAAACUACGACUUUAGCGGCUGGCGGGACGAGGAGCUCGUCGAGCGCUGGUGGAAGCCGUAUGUUGUCGACAUGAAGCCAACCAGAAAGGGGGAGUGA